CUCCAGCCAGCGGGAAGUUUCGACUCUUCCGCUCGCAGCCGCUUUAAAUCGUCCGUUGCUGGCCACUGGUCACGUAGUGCUGUGCAGACAUGGACAGAGUGGUGGUCGCCGUUCUUGUCGCAGGUUGCUUGCUGCUGGUGAUGGCGGAGGUGUGCAGGGCGCAGCUGUGCUCUAAUUGCGAGUGCCUGCCUGAGCCGGUGUACCGGCCGCUGUGCGCCCGCCAGGAGGGUACCGGCAAGUACCGGGGCUUCCGGUCUCUCUGCGAGCUCCAAUGCUCCAACCGCUGCCGCAAGAACAAGUACAUGUUCGUGGCUCAACAGCGCUGUGGCAAAUACCUGGCGAAGUUAACCAGCACGACAACGUCGACGACACCGACGUCAGAGGUGGACUCGGGGGGCGGAGACGGCCAGCCAGUGGGUGCAGUUGAAGAGGGCAGUCUGCUGGGGCCUCUGGUGCACCUGCUGCUGGGAGCGGCGCAGGGCUAGAGAAGGGUCUAGAGCGCCCCUUCUAGCUCAGAGGCAGCUGCUCCUUGGCGCGUAGUUAAACACGCCGCGACGUCAUGUGGGAAGGCCGACUGACUGUAGGCACCCAGCGUCCCGCUACUACAAGGAGGAGUACCAGCAAGUGACCAAUUCAGCGUAGGCACUCCAGAUAGGACGCUUUACUUUUUCAAAUAUGAAAAUGUGAUGGUGUUCUAUUUUGGAUUGGUUACUGUUAGGUGUGUGACUACAGCAAUAAGGGCAUAUUUUCGAAUCAAUAUUGCCGUACGCUUAGUACAGACAGUUGUUCUAAUCAACUAGAUUCGUGUGCUCGAAACAGAAUAAAGUACAAAUCAAUAAAAAACUAAUCAUUGUGUAUAUGUAUAUUAUAGUUCUUUGUCAAUAAAUUAUUAACUUCAAUAUUCA